AUGGCGGCGGAUCUAAACCCAGAGUGGAUCUCUUGUCUACCCUCUUCUUGGAGUUAUGGGGUUACUCGGGACGGACGCGUUUUCUUCAUUAACGAAGAGGCAAAGAGUACAACCUGGCUGCAUCCAGUCACUGGUGAAGCUGUCAUCACAGGGCACAGAAAGACUCCAGAUUUACCGACUGGAUGGGAGGAAGGAUUCACGUUUGAAGGAGCCCGGUGCUUUAUUAAUCACAAUGAGCGGAAGGUGACCUGUAAGCACCCUGUCAGUGGCGCACCCUCACAAGACAACUGCAUCUUUGUCGUCAACGAACACGUGAAUUGCAGAAAAAUCGUUCGCCCUGUCUUAAACAGGUCUCUUGCCAAAGCUCCAGUGAAUGAGAAGAAGGAACGACCCCUCAGCACUAUGAGUGAAGCGUCCAACUACACAGGCGGCUCUGCCGACUAUGCCACACACCCAGGCAGUCCUGCGGGCAGACCUUCAAGAUCAUAUAAGAAAAUCCACAAUUUUGGAAAGAGAUCCAACUCCAUAAAGAGAAAUCCUAAUGCCCCAGUUAUCAAAAGUAAUUGGCUAUAUAAACAGGACAGUACAGGGAUGAAACUGUGGAAGAAGCGGUGGUUUGUGCUGUCUGACAUGUGCCUGUUCUACUACAGAGAUGAAAAAGAGGAAGGGAUCCUUGGCAGUAUUCUUCUACCCAGUUUUCAUAUAUCUUUACUGUCGGUGGAUGACCACAUAAACAGAAAAUAUGCCUUCAAGGCCACACACCCAAAUAUGCGAACGUACUACUUCUGCACAGACACAGCCAAAGAAAUGGAGUCGUGGAUGAAGGUGAUGACGGAUGCAGCGUUGGUGCACACAGAACCAAUCAGAAGGUUAGGCCUCCUUAAGGUGGAACAGUGUGGUCCGCAAGAGACCAUCAACAAUGGGCCCAACCACCACCACUCUCCCCAACCACAAUCCCACCCUCAGCAUCAGCAGGCCCAGGCCCAGGUCCAGCCCCAGAGCCAACCCGAGGUCCAGCAGAACAACCCACAGAUCCGGGAGGCGGACAGCGUGGACAGCCGGAAGCAGCAGGAUGCGGAAAGAUACGGCUUCCAGACAGAUGAGGCGGAGAGGGACAGACCGCUCACCAAAGUCAGCAGCAUUCGCCUCCAUCCGGGACAGACGACCGUGUCCGUCUCUCCCCUCAACUCCUCUGACCCCACCCCCGCAGAGACCUACCACAAAAGCCCACAGGUGAACGGGAACGCGGGCGAGGAGCGCAGCCCUGCAGAGAUGGCCAACGGGACGGGUCAGAGAGGCCCUCCGGCCGCUCAGGUCCAGGAGCCCCAGAGAAUCCUGCAGAGAACCAACUCCAUGCAGCAGCUGGAGCAGUGGGUCCGCUUGCAGAGAGGACGCAACCAGGACGAUGACACCAGGAGCGUCACCUCCUACCAGACCUUACCCAGGAACAUGCCCAGUCACAGGACUCAGGUGGUGCCGAACUACGCCGAGGGCUACCGCACGCUCCCCCGAAACAGCUUGGUACGGCCAGACAGCAUGUGCAGCAUCUCGCCCUCGCUCUAUGAGCGGGCGCCGGGGCCCUCGGCGGUGGAGAAGAGGCGGUCCAUGCGCGACGACACCAUGUGGCAGCUGUACGAGUGGCAGCAGAGACAGGCCUACGCCCGACACCAGCCUCAGCCUCCGUACGGCACCAUGCCCAGCCCAAAGACUAUGAUCAACCUGUCGGAGCACGCCGGGCCCUCAAUCCCCCCCUCCCCCUCACACGGCUCGCUCUCCAUGUACCAGGGCUACUCACCACUACGGGGCUACAUGAGCUCCUCCCGCUCAGAGAUCUCCUCGCCCAUUUACCGAGGAGACGUCCCCGUAGACAGGCGACCCAGGCCUCAUCCCACCAAGUACGCCUACCCACCUGACCGCAGGUCUAUGCCAGCAGGGAUCCCUGUCCAGACCAUCACUGCCCAAUCUCUGCAAGGCAAAACGCCGGAGGAGCUGACUCUGCUGCUCAUUAAGCUUCGCCGGCAGCAGACCGAGCUCAACAGCAUCCGGGAGCACACAGUAGCACAACUUAUGCAACUAAACCUUGACAGAGACAACCCAAAGAACGACAUUUUGUCCCAUCACCUCCAAAGGAACCUCAUGUAUCUGGACGAUCAGAUGAAGGAAAGUGAGCCUUUAAUCGUCAUGAUUCACACUAUGAUUGAGAACUCAGCCCCAAGGCCUCAGCUUUACCAGCAAAUGAGUGCUUCAGACUACAGAGAUCAUGCUUACAUGUGCAGGCCAGAAGAGCACGACGUUGAUUCUAAGUUAAGCCAGCUGUGUGAACAGGACAGGUUGGUACGGUCACUGGAGGACAAGCUACAGCAGCUGCACAGAGAAAAGCACACUUUGGAGACAGCUUUGCUGUCAGCCAGUCAGGAGAUAGAGAUGAGUGCUGAUAACCCAGCCGCAGUGCAGAGCGUCAUUCAGCAGAGAGACGUCCUGCAGAGUGGCCUGCUGGGUACCUGUCGAGAACUCGCCCGAAUCAACACCGAGCUGGAGAGGGCCUGGAGAGAAUAUGAUCAAUUGGAGGCAGACGUCACAAUGGCCAAGAGCAACUUACAGGAGCAGUUAGAAGCUCUUGGAACUCCUCAGAUGGACCCUCCCAGUCAGAGGUAUAUUGAGAUUCAGAAAGAGCUGUGGAGUAUACAGGAUGUGAUGGAGGCCCUUAAUAAGAACAAGCCUCCUAGGAGCGUCGAGCCCUCCUGCCCCGUGUGUAAUCCCCAGGAGGACGAUUCGGUACCCCCUCGACCGCCCCUGCCCCAGUCUUACGACCCCAGCGUUCCCCCUAUGUCCACCCUGGGCACUCUCCGACCGCACCGGCCCGAGGACAGGAAGUCUGGCCAGAGGAAUGGCUCUCAUAGCGGUCCAGACUACAGGCUCUAUAAGAGCGAACCAGAGCUGACCACUGUGGCGGAGGUGGAUGAGACCAAUGGAGAGGAACGAUCAGAGCAGGCUGCAGAGAGAGAAUCCUCUAGUAGCAAAGGUGUAUCCUACCCUGUUGGAAUUGUCCCACCCAGAACCAAAUCCCCCAUGCCGGAGUCCUCAACCAUCGCCUCCUAUGUGACCCUGAGGAAGAGUAAGAAACCUGAGCCCAGGAUGGAUCGACCGCGCAGUGCAGCAGAGCAGCUGUGUCCCGCUGAGAGCGGCAGACAGCGCAUGAGCGUAGAGGAGCAGUUGGAGCGCAUCCGGAGACACCAACAGGGAGCGCUGCGUGAGAAAAAGAAGAGUCUGGUAGUCCUGGGAGUCAGCCAGGAAAAAUCGCCCUCCCGCAGUCCGUCUUUCUCCAAAGAGACCCCCUUCCGCACCGUGCAGAGCCGCAUGAGGGACGACAGCAUGUCGAGUGGGAUCCUGGAGCUGGAAGCUUCCUUACGGCAGCAGGAGGUGGUGAAAGAUCAUGAGAGUCCGGCCGAAGAGAUUGCCCGUCUGAAGGAAGCGGAGUCGGAACACUUCAACAUGGACAAAGAGCUGUCGAAGCCCGACAAGGUUCUGAUCCCUGAGCGGUAUGUGGAACUGGAACCAGACGAGCCCCUUAGCCCCGAGAACGAAGCAGACAAGCAGAAGAAAGUCGAUCGCAUCAAGGCCCUUAUAGCCCGAAACAGCAUGCAGAACAUGAUUCCUACAGUGGAGGUAGAAGAGGAGGGUCCAAUCCAGAAGCAGGAGAAAAUGAUCAACAUCUCCUACGAGCUGGCAGCAGAGGCCUCCAAACGCAGCAAACAAGUGGCAGUGAAAAGCUUCGCGUCUCCACUUUCACCCCACCCCCCUGGCUCCCCAUCUCCACCUGUCCCCCCUCAGCUCACUGAUGGAACCCACUUCAUGUGUGUGUAGUGAUUUAACAACACCCAAGCUCGAGCCUCAGUGAAGACAUAAACAUGAGAGAGGUGCUGUGAGCAGGCCUCUUUGUCUGUCUCUCUUUCCUCACACCCACUGCUUCACUCCUGGGUCUCCAGCACUCAGCUCUGUCCCAUGGAAAAGCAUCAGCUUGGUGUUCCAACUGCUCCACCCCCUGGGACCUUGAGUUCUCCACACAUACAGCUCACUGUCAUAGCACUGGGUCCUGCUUAUGUCUCCUUCUGCAGCGAUAUCAUUUAGGUCCUGCAGUACUGCCACUGUGGAAAACCUCAGUCAGCAUAAACCAAUGUGUGUGCAUGUGUGUGUGUGUAAGUUUACUUUCUCUAUCACACAUACACACAGACACACACACAAACACAUACACAAACACACUCAAGCAAUGCCACCGUCAUGGUGGUGUAAAGAAAUAUGAACAUUGAGUUUGGUCUUUUAGUUACAUUUCGUACCUUAGUUCAGCUGAGUACUUUUUAAAGUGUUCAUUUUAGUUCCUUUUUUAAAAUCUUU